CUAAAACAUACUUCUUCCGUCCCAGAAUAUUCGUUCAGUUUUGACUUUUGGAACUGUUAAUCUAAGUACUUUGACUCAUCAAAUUCUCUCAAUGUAUCCGAGCUUAUUUCUUCUUCCAGACUUCCAUAUCCGAGCUUGGCAGCGGGCGACAGCGAUGGUGGCGACGGCGAUUGUGUUAGCGGGGAUGAUGAUCUAAUGGUAGGGCUAUGGCGGUGAUGGUGGGACUGGAGCAAUUAUGGUGGAGGGGGAUGGUGGAGAUGGUCAGAGAAUGGAUUGAUGGUGGAGCUGACAGACACGGCAGGGCUGGCGGCAAGGAGGAGAGAGGCUACGGUGGAGGCGGUGGUGGGAACUUGAUGGUGGCAGGGGCUGGGAAAGGAAGGAGAGGGGGGCUAGGCUGUCCACCGAGCUUUCAGGCUAAAGAAUGGCUUCAAGAAAUAAUGUAAAAUCAAGUAGAAUUCACUUUUAAAAUAAUUUUACCACAAAAAAUUGUGGUCACAUAGUAUUUUUGUUAAAUAAGAAUUGAAAUUAUUUUGGGAUAAAUUAUACUGUGGACUUAAGAUCUACCAAUCUACCAUGGACCUUUAUAUAAUCAAAAUACAGGGAAUUU